UGUUUUGAGAGAGAGAGAGAGAACAUGGCGGGAGGAGUGUUUGCCGUUGACGGAAAUGACAGAGGCUUUGGUGGGAGGGUAACGGCGUCAGUAUUGAUUACCUGCAUCGUUGCUGCUUCGGGUGGCUUAAUCUUUGGUUACGACAUCGGGAUUUCAGGAGGAGUGACAACGAUGGAACCUUUCCUCCGAAAAUUCUUCCCGUCGGUACUAAAGAGGAUGAAAGCUGCUGAUAAAAACAUAUACUGUGUCUUCAACAGUCAAGUUCUCACAUCAUUCACCUCUUCAUUGUAUAUAGCUGGGUUGGCUGCUUCCCUUGUAGCUAGUCGCCUCACAAGAGUUUUGGGUCGUAGAGCCACAAUGGUUCUAGGUGGUUGCACCUUCUUCGUUGGAGCGGCCAUCAAUGGUGCUGCUGUUAAUAUUGCAAUGCUUAUAUUGGGCCGUAUUUUGCUUGGAUUUGGUGUUGGUUUCACUAACCAGGCAACUCCAGUGUAUUUAUCGGAGAUGGCGCCAUCCAAAUGGCGUGGCGCGUUCAACACAGGCUUCCAGUUCUUCAUUGGCAUAGGUGUGGUCUCAGCUAAUGCGUUGAAUUACGGGUCAGCUCGGCUCGAGUGGGGUUGGCGCCUCUCACUCGGCGUUGCAGUCGUACCAGCAAUGAUCAUGACACUUGGUGCCUUACUCAUCUCCGAUACGCCGAGUAGUCUUGUCGAGCGUGGCAAGUUGGAAGAGGCCGAGAAAUCACUACGCCGAGCUCGAGGAGUCUACUCGGAUGUAAACCCCGAGCUGAGCGCCCUCAUCAAGUCGACUGAAGCCAUGAAAGCUGCAAAUCAAGAACCUUUCAAGACCAUACUUGAGAGGCAAUAUAGGCCCCACCUCGUAAUGUCUGUGGCAAUACCUUUCUUUCAGCAGCUUACAGGGAUUAAUGUGAUAGCAUUUUAUGCGCCGGUCCUCUUCCAAUCAGUCGGCUUCGGUAGCAACGCGGCUCUCAUGGCGUCUAUAAUAUUGGGGAUGGUCAACCUCGGCUCCAUUCUCGUGUCAGCCGGUUUAGUGGACCGGUAUGGUCGGAGAGUUCUGUUCUUACAGGGUGGGGCCCAGAUGUUCCUUUGCCAGGUGGCCGUGGCUUCUGUUCUAGGAACUCAGAUAGGAGUCUCCGGGAAGGAAACUUUGUCUAAAGACUAUGCUGUUUUGGUAUUGUUGUUGAUAUGCGCAUAUGCAGCUGGAUUUGGGUGGUCCUGGGGUCCCCUGAGCUGGCUUAUACCAAGUGAGAUAUUUCCAUUGAAAAUCCGACCAACUGGUCAGAGUAUAAGUGUUGCCGUGAACUUUGCUACAACCUUUGUGCUUGCACAGACCUUCUUGACAAUUUUAUGCCACUUCAAGUAUGGAAUUUUCUUGUUCUAUUCCGGAUGGAUUGCGAUAAUGACCCUAUUCAUUGGUUUUUUCUUGCCUGAGACUAAAGGAGUCCCUCUUGAAUCCAUGGACACAGUAUGGGAGAAUCACUGGUAUUGGAGAAGGUUUGUUAAACAGGAAUCAUCAGCGAUGACAUUGCCGAACAAAUGAAUUGAUUUUUGCAUAUCACAUUCAUGCAGCAAUGUCAG